AAACGGUGACAAAAUGCAGAUUGUCGUUCAGCAGCUUUUGAAGUCGUAUUAGUUAAUCUAUCAACGGAGGUGGAUAGAUAGCUCUUCCAAUCAAGGCUUUUUGUAACGACCUGCCCACAGCUUCUAGUAUGUAUAUAAAGACAGUGUGACAUGAUCUGUUGAUUAAAAACCAAUGUUUUCGCGAAAUCUACAACAUCGUCACUGUUUGGAUUAUUUUUGUCAGUAUUAAAAUGAUGAAAAGUAGCAGUUCGCGUGGCGCCAACGGCGACAGGGUAAAAUAUUCUGCCAUAAAAUCUGAUGACUCAAAUCCGAAUGAAGGUUUUACAGAAAAGUCUUUGUUGUUGGAGAAUAUGGAAAGUUUGAACAUUUCUUCACCAGUAAGGAAUAAGACCACCCAAAAUGUGAAGGAACUGACUGAUUUACAUAUAUGUGAUGAUACAAACAAAAGUGAUAAAAGUGAAGCAGACGGUAAUAACGGUGCUAAGGACGAUGUACGAGCUAAACCUCAAACUGAUGUUAAAGUUAUAAACACAGCUGGUGAUAAAGACGUUGAUUUACGUGACCAUCAGGGCGCCAGACCAAAAUUCCCAGUAUCUCAAAGAUCUACAACAGAAACUUCCGGCGGAAGUACAGAUACAGUAACAGACGACAAUAUCGACAUCGUCCGAAAGAUGAGCCAGCCGCAAUCUGAGAAUUACGUCCCUUGGAGGAAUGUAGGGCCAUACCACACAUUAAAGCAGAAGAAAUGUCAGAGACUGUACGCGGCUACUGGACGUAUCGACGACCUGGCGUUAUUCUUUCAAAACGGCAGAUUUUACGCCAUGGAGGCUUGGUGUACCCAUAUGGGCGGACCGUUGUUCGAAGGUGAUAUAGAAGAUUACAAUGGCAAAUGUCACGUGAUGUGUCCAUGGCAUUCUUACAUGUUUGACUUGGAGACUGGCACAAACGAAAUAGGACUGCAGGUUCACGAUCUGAAGCUAGAGGCUGGACAAAUUUAUGUACGUUAUCAUACAGAAGUGACCACAGAGUCCAACAGAAAAGCAUCUGUACCUACUGGGCCCCGAAUAAUAAACAGACCGCCGGAGGGUAAACAUGAAAAAAUGAGGAAAUUGUCUGUAUUGGACACACCUAUAAAACUGGCUUAAUUGACUGAAAAUUCGUGUAUAUUUAUUCGUGAUUGUAAUAUUGUAUUGAAAACUUGAAGUUGAACUUGAAUUUUCAUCAACAUUAACCCUUUUUCACAAGUCUUUGAUAUUCAGAAAGAUCCAAAGUCUAUCGCAAAAACGAGCAUCGGUAAAUAAAAAUGUAGCUUAUAUUGCGCAUUUACAUUUUAAUUAAUGCCAUACUGUCGGCACUUUGUGGAGAGCUAAAAUUGAAAUUAUAUUAAACAUUCAUUUGGAACAUGGUCG